AUGGCCAACAGCAGCAGCAACAGAGCGGCGCCGAAGUUGCGCCGGCGCAGCGCCAGCCAGUGCGCCUCCCUGCGCGCAGCCAGCUCCCGGGGCCCCGCUAUCAGCUGCAGCCUCACCAGCCUGCAGCCCGCUCUCGUGCGAGCCGUCCCCGAUCCCACGGGCAAAAUUAGGACGUACGAAGAGCCGGCGGACACGAGGCAGUUGAGUUCCUGGCUGGAACGCAAACACCUCGACGAGCUCAAGAAGAAGCAAGAAGAGCUCGCCAAGAAACGUGCGGAACAGGUGAAGCGCGAGCGCGAAGAGGCGGAGCGCCAGCACCGCCUGCAAGAGGCGCAGCAGCGCAGGAAGGCGCAGGAGGCGCGGCAGCAGCUGCAGCAGGAGGCGGCCAGGCGGCGCGCCGAGCUGGAAGAGCGGGCGCAGCGCGAGCUGCAGGCGGCGGAGCGCCAGAGGCACCUGCAGGAGCUGCAGCGCCGCAGGGAGGCGCAGGCGGCGCGCGCGCGCAGGGAGGAGGCCGCCAGAGCCAGCGCGCAGCGCGACGCGCAGGCCGAGCGCGACCGGCAGGCGGCGCAGCGGCGCGCGCGCCACGAGCAGUACCUGCGGCGCAAGGCCGAGCAGGAGGCGCGCGCCCGCGAGCAGGACAGGCUGCGCGCGCAGAAGGCCAAAUAUUAUUCCCUCUCAACAUGA